UCCCACAAAGUGGGCGGCGACCCCGGAAGCGCUCCUCGGGAAAGGAAGGAAGGAAGGGAGGGCCUGCUAGUGGGCGGAACUGAAGUGUGCGUGAUCCUGAGGAAGAGGAAGAGGAGGAGGCGCAGGGAGGGGUUCUCUGGCUGUUGCUUCCUUGUUAGCUGAGAGGCCGGAGGAGGAGGCGCCGCCGCCGCCGGUACCGUCAUUAUGGGGGGCUCCCGCGACGACGAGUACGACUAUCUCUUCAAAGUUGUUCUCAUUGGUGACUCCGGUGUCGGCAAAAGCAACCUUCUAUCCCGCUUCACGCGCAACGAGUUCAACCUGGAAAGCAAAAGCACCAUCGGGGUGGAGUUUGCAACACGAAGCAUUCAAGUGGAUGGCAAGACAAUAAAGGCUCAGAUCUGGGACACAGCGGGGCAGGAGCGAUACAGGGCGAUCACGUCGGCCUAUUACCGGGGAGCGGUUGGGGCCUUGCUGGUGUACGACAUCGCCAAGCACCUCACUUAUGAAAACGUUGAGCGGUGGCUGAAGGAGCUGCGGGACCAUGCGGACAGCAACAUUGUCAUCAUGCUGGUGGGCAACAAGAGCGACUUGCGCCAUCUGCGAGCUGUUCCGACAGACGAGGCCCGAGCCUUUGCAGAAAAGAAUGGCCUGUCGUUCAUCGAGACCUCGGCUUUGGACUCGACGAACGUGGAGGCCGCUUUCCAGACCAUUCUGACAGAAAUUUAUCGUAUCGUGUCUCAGAAGCAAAUGUCCGACAGACGCGAGAACGACAUGUCUCCAAGCAACAACGUGGUCCCUAUCCACGUCCCCCCGACCACGGAAAAUAAACCAAAGAUGCAGUGUUGUCAAAAUAUAUAACAAGUUUCAUUCCUCGGAAGCGGUGUAUAUUUCCCCAAGUCUGAGAUGGAAAUAGAUUGUGAGUUCACAUGGCCCUCUGGUGUCUUCUUGUUGUUGUUCUUUUUCUCCCUCCCCACUUCCUGUUCUGUUAUAUCUUAUCUUUAUUAUUCCUUCUGGAUUUCUCCAUGUCUUAACUCCCCCCCCUUUAUUUCAGUAUUACAAAUUAUCAGUUUGUUUGCGUGUGGCUGCAGCAUGAUCGGAGUGUUAGUCCUAGCAGGGCAGUUCUUUAAAAUCAUGACAGAUCUCAAGGUUCUGUCCUGAUUUUGAAAGAAGGUCGGCUCAUUCAAUGGAGAACUGGCUUGCUGCAGCUUAAGCCUUUGCAAUUCUGAUGCUCCUGCUGUCAUGACUGUCUGAUUGACGACGAGCCUGUUAAGCAUCCUUUCAACCUCAAUAUUAGAUACUGUAUCUCAUGGCAUGAGCAUCGGCUGGCUUAUCUUGUGGCCCUUGAUGGCAUCCCACACUUGUAAUACACAGGACCUGCAGUUAUUUCUUGCCUAUUUGCAGUAGGCAGUGUUUUCUCAGUUCUUUGCAGAUAUGUCGGUGGAUGCACCCAUUCUGGACAACUUGGUGCAAAGAAGCCUUCUUCCCUUAACCUGAUGCCCAGCACAGCUGGGGCUGAUGGGAGUUGUUGCCCCAAAUGCCUGGGGGAGGGCACCAGGUUAAGGGGGACUGCUGAUGUAAGUAACAUUUCCAAAAUAAACUGCUCGCUCCUCCUAGCUGCUAUGACCCCAAAGAGCCAAUAGUGUCACUUCCUGAAGAUGGCUCAACAGAGCUAGAUAGACUUUUAUCCAAUCACAGCAAUCAAAUUGUCAUCCUUAUGCAAGCAAGCGAGAGAUUGGUCACUGCAGGCUUGCGGGGUUGGGAAGAGGUGGCUGUUUUGUGUGAAUUGAGCCAAGAAGUGCAACUUGUCUUAAGGCCCAAAGAGUUGGUGAUGGUUGCCUCGUGUAAAAUAAGAAAAACACGUGAGCUCAGUAGCCAGCUUGCUUUUCUUGCCAAUGUCUGUGGCUUGCAGUACUUUGCUUGAUUCAGAGCUGGGCCUCUGGUUUGUUUUGCAUGCCACUAAGUGCAACAGUGCUUGUUGUCAUUCUCAAAAAGACACAGAGAGUGCUUGCAGGCACCUCCUAACAGUUGAAGUCCUUUGGAUCUGAAUCCUCAUUAAAAUUGGGUUUGGUUUCACCAAGCACCCAAGGCGCAGGAUGGGAUUAGGUCUUGUCUGCAGAUCCGGCAGGAGGCCUCUGUUGCCCUUCCCAGUAAUUGCCAGGUAGUGUACUUGGACUUCCUGCUGCCCUCUUGUGCUUCCUGGUUUCUAUAAAGCUGCCCGGGCUGUGCAUGUGAGCAUGGCACAAGAGAUCCAGAUGUGCAUCCCUGCAGAUGCGUUCUUGGAAUCUUUUCUUUUCUGGGCCCACUUGCUGCUUGAGGAUGUUCCCACUUCUAAUGCACUAGUCAGACAAAUGGUGUUUAUACAUACACACGCAGGCCUGGAAUUCUGUGGUAUUUGGAAAGCCAAGUUGAAGCCAGAAGAGGAAAUAGCCCCAGGUGGCCAGAGUUAGGGGGACAGGAGGAGAGGGAGGAAGGAAGCUUAUCGCGAAGAUGCCGCAGACCCAGAUGGCUUCCUUUCCUUCCUGCUGCUCCCACCCCCCACAAGGCGCGUACAAAGUGCUGAAUCUCUUGGCCAGCCUGUCAGUCUUGUGAUGCUCAUGACGUGUAAGGUGCACAGAGGGCAUUGCUGUAGUCCCUUCAUGUUUGUGACAUACUCUCCUGUAGUUGAUCUGUUUCCACAUUUUUUUUCUAUUCUUUUUUGUAAAUUUGCUUUAUAUUGUAUGCACAUUCUGUACCUUGAAUAUUUUUUAAGGUUGAUUUAAAAUUAUUCAUUAUUGGAAUUCUAAUAAAGAAGCGGGGGACUGGUCAAA